AUGCUGAAGCUCCAAGUCUCCUCGCCGUCGCCGGAUACGUCUCACCCCGCAACUCCGACUCUCGCGGAACUCAGCAGGAAUGCCUCCGUCAUAUCCUCCUCCAGCUCGAGUUCCACAGUCGACCUCCCCCUCCCGACUCCCGUGCGGCCGCGCCCUAUGCGCAACUUCUCGGCUCCGCGGACAAAUUUGAGGUCGCGCAGUCCGCACUCUCCAACCACGCCGCGUGGUUCGCGACCACCCGCCUAUUUGACGCGCGAACUGGGAGUCCAGGAGGAUGACCAGACGGCGCUCAAGCCCCCCGCCUCGCGCGCGCCAUCGAAGUCGCGCAAUAGUUCAGUCAACGGGAGGUUAACGGCCGAUGAUUUUGAGUUCCUCGACGAGCUCGGCGAGGGUUCAUAUUCCACUGUUUACCAUGGACGGCUACGCUCUACCGGGCAAGAGUUCGCCAUAAAGCGCAUAGAUAAGGCGCAUUUAAAGAGGCACCAGAAAGAGGCGACCGCAUUAGCGGAGAAGAAUACCCUCGUCCGUUUAGGAUCCGGCCAUCCUGGCAUUGUUCGCCUACAUUGGACGUUUCAGGACGAAUGGAGUCUAUUUUUCGUGCUCGACCUGGCAAGAAAUGGCGAGCUACAAACACGACUCGCCCGCAUGGGUUCGCUGUCCAUCGAAUGCGUGCGCUACUAUUCAGCGCAGAUCGUCGACGCUUUAGCCUACAUGCACUCUAAAGGAGUGAUUCAUCGGGAUCUUAAACCCGAGAACCUUCUGCUCGAUGACGCCCUCCGGAUAAAGAUUACCGACUUCGGGACGGGCAAGAUUCUAGAUUCUGGCGGAGAACCCACCAAGACAUUUGUGGGCACCGCACAGUAUGUUUCGCCCGAGCUUCUGGAGCACAACGAGAGCAGCAAGAGCUCGGACUUCUGGGCGCUGGGCUGCAUCAUAUACCAGAUGAUUGCGGGUCGGUUUGUCUUUCGGGGCUUGUCCGACUGGCAGAAGAUCAAACAGCUCGAGUAUACCUUCCCGGACGGGUUUGACGAGCAAGCGCAGGACCUCGUCAAGAAGCUUCUUGUUCGUGAUCCUGACCAGCGAUUAGGUGCUGGCGCUCCUGGGAGCGCAUUCGAUAUCCAGGCGCUUCGCGAUCAUCCGUUCUUCGCGUCCAUCAACUGGCGGACGCUAUGGACAGUCGACGCGCCUCUACUUGAGGCGGGGUUGGUCAAGAAGGAGACGCCACCGUCAUCCGCCAUGAUGCGUUCUGCCUGGGACGCGCUCGUGAAUUCUGACAAUGAGGACGCCGUUGAGGAUGACGAGGUGAGCUGGGAAUCGGACGGCGAGGGCAGGGAAUACAGCCUCAGCCCAGGCCAACCGAAUGGCCACCAUCAUACGGAGGCUAUCGGGCCAUUGGGCGAGAAGCGAAUCACUUCGCUGCACCCCCUGCCAUUGGCGUUUGUCGAAGAGGAGCGCAGCGACUCCAGCGAAGGUGUGCGCUUCGUAGCACCGCCGCAAGCGGACUCUCCGAUUCUAGAUGACGAAGGCCGCGAUACGGUCAACGAUGAGCUGGAGUUUUCCGGCUUGGCACGGUCGCCCCCUAUAGACGUUCCUCGCGUCGCGGGUCCUGGGUCGCACUCUACUGGGUCUGCCACUAGCUCAUCAGAUGGGAGUCCGGUGGACAAGCUUGCAGCUGCAAUCGAGGAAGCUGCACGAGGGCGGAAUCGGGCGCAGACGCCGAUCCAAGGCAACGGGCUCUGCGAUCCGGAACUGUAA